AUGACUCAAGAUCAAGUCACCUCAGCCCCCGCGGCUCCUUCGUCGCCACACGACCCCUCGCACGAAGAGCACCAAUACCUCGGCCUGAUCCGCACAAUCCUCUCCGAGGGUGAACACCGACCCGACCGCACAGGCACAGGAACCCGAUCAAUCUUCGCCCCUCCACAACUGCGAUUCUCUCUAUCGAAACCCAAUCCAGAUGGUGGUGACCGAAUUCCCAUCCUGCCUCUGCUCACCACCAAGCGAGUCUUCCUCCGCGCCGUGCUAGCCGAGCUGCUCUGGUUUAUCUCUGGCUGCACCUCCUCACUACCUCUUUCCGAGGCCGGAAUCAAGAUUUGGGACGGAAAUGGAAGUCGCGAGUUCCUGGACAAGUCUGGUCUGGGUCACCGCGAAGAAGGCGACUUGGGUCCCGUGUAUGGAUUCCAAUGGCGCCACUUUGGAGCCGAGUACGUUGAUGCCAAAACGGACUACACUGGACAGGGUGUGGAUCAGCUGAAGGAGGUUGUGCACAAGCUCAUCAACAACCCCUUCGACCGCCGCAUCAUCAUGAGCGCAUGGAACCCGGCUGAUCUGACCAAGAUGGCCCUGCCUCCCUGCCACAUGUUCGCACAGUUCUACGUUUCCUUCCCUCCCACCAUGAAGCUUGAUGAAAAGACAGGACGACCCACAGAGAAGGGCACUUUGUCCUGUGUGCUUUACCAGCGCUCCUGUGAUAUGGGUCUGGGCGUUCCAUUCAACAUUGCUUCUUAUGCUCUCCUCACUCAUAUUCUUGCCCAUGCUGCCGACCUGCACCCUGGUACUCUAAUCCACACCAUGGGAGAUGCGCAUGUGUAUCUCGAUCAUGUCGACGCGCUCAAUGAGCAGCUCACUCGGGAACCAACCGAGUUCCCGGAGCUGCGCAUCAAGCGCGAGGAUCGGGGCAGCGCACAAGUCGAUGGUUGGAAAGAGGAUGAGUUCGAAGUCAUUGGAUACAAGCCUCACAAGAUCAUCAAGAUGAAGAUGAGUGUCUAA